CUCACAGACAUACAGCACACACACACACACACAAGCCCAUCACUCAAACCCACAAUAUAUAAGCCUGCAAGACAGAGCAUGCCUGCAAGGCUCAUUGUAAUCUGAGAGACAGAAACAGAGCGACAAGAGAGAGGGACACAAACACAGAGGGAGGACAGAAAAAGAUAUAGAGCACAAACAAAAAGAAUCUCAGCAGAGUGAGAGAUAUAGAGAGAGUGAGAGAGAAAGAAGAGACCAGUCAAGACAAAGGGAAGACUGACAGCGGGAGGAGGGAAACUCCUGCCUCCUAAGGACAUUUUUGGGGUUUAUUGAGGGCAGUAAAGGACCAUUUAAAACACUGAUCAAAACUGCUCCUUCUCCCUCCUCUGCUACUCUUCCGCUCCUGGCUUCCUCUCACACACGGACUCUCGCCCCUGCUCCAUCCACCGCCCCCGCUCCAUCGCCCCCGCUCCACCGUCCCGCUCCGCCGUCCCGCUCCAGCAUCCCGCCGAGCCCUCAAUGAGCGGGACCAACUCCUCUGCCUACCGAUCAGAGCGCAGUUUCCACCAGGCGUCCUCUUCCUCGUCCUCCUCUUCCUCCAAGCCCUACAUGGAGAAGAGCCGGGGGAUGUUUGCGGAGGAUUUCGGGUCCUUCAUGCGGCCCCCCCCCGCUCGAGGGCGCCCAUGUCACUCGGGGACAGCAGGAAAUAUCAGGACCGUUGGCGAUACGUACCAGUUCACGGUGGAUGUCCGCGACUUCUCCCCCGAAGAUGUAAUCGUCACAACCUCCAACAAUCAGAUUGAAGUGCACGCUGAAAAGAUGGCAACGGAUGGAACGGUGAUGAACACGUUCACCCACAAGUGCCAGCUGCCGAACGACGUGGACCCCACCUCUGUGACGUCAUCGCUGGGGGGUGACGGAACCCUGACGAUCAAGGCUCGCAGGCAUCCGGCGAAGCUUGAGCACGCUCAGACCUUCCGCACCGAAAUCAAGAUCUGAGCCACGGCGGGACGCUCCUCUCCUCUCCUCUCCGGAACAUCAGGCAUUCCCCGUGUCACCCUGUUAUUUACGCUGCGUCUCCCUGCUUAUUCUUCAGCAGCCUCCUCAUCAUCCUCCUCCUCCUCCUCCUCCUCCAAGCCUCUGUUCCUCAGCUGCUCUGUUGUGUUUCCUACAAGACUACAUUUCCCACAACUGCUCCUGAAAGUCAGGCCUUUCCUGAAGACCCUGAUAUUUCAUGUCAUGUGCACUUUUAACAUACCCUCUAGAAAAAGUGUGACGUGUGUUAAGUGAAAUAUUAAAAACAGUAGAAAUUUUCACAUUAUUUAUACUACCAGAACUGUUUCGCAGAAGUGAAUUUGAAGACUUGAAGAACUGUUGAAAGACUAAUAUUUCAGUUAUCAAAUCCUUCUAAGAGGAUUAUAUAAUAAACAAUAUCUCCAAUGA